CAUUAGUGAGGAGUUGUUAGGAGACAAAGCAACUCUGCCUCAAAAAGGGGGAUAGGGAGGGUUUGGAAGGACUGGAAGAAUUUCAAAGUGUCCCUGUAAAGCCACAUGGCUCCUCUUCCUCUAAUACCAGACCUCAUACCUGCCUACUCUAAGCUCCUAAAAGACUGACUGUGCUCUCACAGGUCUCUAGAGAGUAAAUAAGGGAGCACUCCCUGCAGGUAUAAAGUCAACGAGAGAAAAACUUGACAGAGGAGAUGUUAAGGUUAGCCAAAGUCUCUCAAACUUAACUUUUUUCAAGAUCUUAGCCAAAUAACUAUACUGCUAUUCCUUCUUAAGACAUACGCCACACUUAAAUUUCAAUUUAAAGGGACAUCUAUCAAUAUAUUUGCUACAUGUGUUUGCUUGCAUUUUCUGUCAUUUGCGGUGAUCUCUACCACCCAGAAGUGACAUUGACUUCCAGACACAGAUGGCUAUGGUAUUGCUGAGAUUCAAACUCAUUAUUUCCGGAUGAUACAGCAAAUACUUUUCUGUUGUGCCACUGUGAAGUUGUCACCCUAUAGUCAUGUGAGGUCGAGUCCUGUCAAUGCCAAGGGAGCAAAAUUGGCUGUGCUGUCUGGGUGGGAGUGAUGUAAUACUCUCUCCCCUGGUAAUCACAGCAACACUAGCCAAUUGUGGGCAUCUGUGAGGUCAUGUAUGUGGAAGAUGGUAUACAGCACUUUUCUCUGAGUGUGUUAUGUUGCCAUGUGAUGCAGCAUGAGCAGCAGUUGUGGUUGGUUGGCUUCAUGUGCCUCAGAGGAAGCAUGUGUUAGUCUUCACCUUCCUCGGUUGGAAGCUGUUGUAAUAUUAUUAAGGAGAGUGAGUGGGAGUUUACAUUUGACCAAAUUGAGGAGAUAAAUGGGGAAAAACUAAACAAAAUAAAAAUAAACGGUUGAUUGACCACUCACAGAAAUUCCUUUGACAGGGUUGGUCAGGCUGAAGUGGAUCCAGAGCCUAUCCUAAGAACACUGGGCAUGAGGCAAGAAUAAACCCUGGAGGUUGAGGAUUGAACCAUUUGAACCAGAAAUUUUGCAUGUAAGGGCAAAGGCAAAAUUCUUGAAAGUCACCCUGUUGGCUAGGUAGUGUGGGCAUGUAUUUCUGGGUGUAAAUCCCUUGCAGAGCAGUUGGAACAUUAAAUCAAGUUUUUAUUUUUAUUUGGUCUAAAAAUAAGUGGAAUUAGUUUUCAUUUUUAUACUCCAUCUUGCAAAAGGAUACUUUGAUUUGUUUCACUUAGGGUUCUAUGUAUUGCCCUACAACAGCUGGUUUCCCUGUCUGAUAGGAUAGUCUCCUGAGUAGAACAAUGAGAUUAAGUACCUUCAGCUUUCCUAAGAACUCUUGAGGAACCCUGAUCUAAUUCUUUGGUGGUUUCUUUUUCAACAAGUAGUUAUACAAGUAGUUACAAAUCUGAAUUCUAUCCAAGAAACAAAAGUAUAAAUGCCAAUCAUACUUGUAUCCUGGUUCUUUAGAAUGAUCCAUUUAUAUGGGUAUAUACAUACUGUGUCAGGUCCAGUUCUUUUCCAGUUCUUUUUUUUAAUCCUCUACCAAAGACAGAGUGUUAAAAUACUAAACCUUGACUGUAGUAUACGUCUCUAUAUUGUUGGCUUCUUGAACCCUGCAAUUCAGCGUAAGUGGUACCCAUUAUAUCUUAAAGUGGGAUAUGCUAGUUGCUACUUUAUAGUUUCCAAACAGCAAUCUAAGAUACUAGCCUGUUCCUGUUAUUGUGGGGGAAAAUAUAAUAAAACUCAGCGAGCCUCGUACGGCUAAACAAGUGGUCACACUUGCCAGGUCUUUAUGACCAACAGCCAUAACAGUAUAUUUUUUCAUACAAUUUUUUUUAUUAGGAAACGUAUGAGUUGUGUUUACAAGAUGAGUAAAAAUUCCAUAUGUUUCUCACCUCAGGGGUUCAUACAUGUAGCAUGCACAUGAUGCAUCCUAAAACCAUGGCUUCAGUCUGAUUCUAAUUAACUCUGUCUCACACAUGUCUUGGAAAGGUAGAUAUGGGGGCAAGAGUAUAAGAUGUUCUCCUGUCACUUUUGUUCACUCAUUGCAGAAGCAACAGAUUGGUAUCCUGACCUGAGUUGGAGUAGUAAUUUUUCAGGGUCGCAGCGGAGCCUGGAGCUUAUACCAGGAAACCCUGGCCAAAAGGCGGGGGACCAACCCAUCGCAGGAUACUCAUCACGUACACAUUCACACACCACUGAUAAUUUUGUAAUGCCGAUCAGCCUACAGCACAUGUCUUUGGACUGGAGGAGGAAACCGGAGUAUCUGGAGGAAAUCCCCAAAGCAUGGGGAGAACAUGCAAACUCCACGCACUCAGGACAGAGGCGAGAUUUGGCCUGGAGGCGGGGAUGGAAGCAGCGAGCACGCCGAGCAGGAGCCACGCAUGGAGGAAACAACAAACAUGGACAAUUUCGACAACAACAACAGUGUAUCACAGCUGGAUUUCAGCAACACGCCCAGCAAAAGCAUCACAUGUCAACCUCAGGCCAGGUCAUCGCCCUUGCCGAAGUCAUUAACCAGCCCCUCGGAGUCUGCAGUGCUUCUGAAAAAUGGCAAGUCUCUGAAACCCCAGGUGCACAGCAGUAGCGUCAAGAAUGGAGCAGCACUCUUGCGGGCGGCAUCGUCCACAUCCUCGUCUUCAUCUGCACAUCAUAACAACCCCAAGAAGUUGCAAUCGAACCCAUCGAUCAACAGCCAGAGCAGCAAGAGGAGUAAAGGGAGCUCCAAGUCCAACAGCUCACAGAUCCCUACAGAGGCCCAGGAUGACUGCUGUGUGCACUGCAUCCUGGCCUGCCUGUUCUGCGAGUUCCUAAUGCUGUGCAACAUCGUGCUGGACUGUGCAACCUGCGGCUCAUGCUCCUCUGAUGACUCGUGCUUCUGCUGCUGCUGCGGAUCGGAAGAAUGCGGUGACUGCGAGCUUCCUUGCGACAUGGACUGCGGCAUCAUCGACGCCUGCUGCGAGUCGGCCGACUGCCUCGAGAUCUGCAUGGAGUGCUGCGGCCUCUGCUUCUCAUCCUGAGCCUCAUGUAGGGGGCACUGCAAUGUUAGCUCGAAACUUCUAGAGAGAAGUUCUAGGUGAGAAAUGUGAUCGGAGAACUCCAUACUGGGCUUCAAGGCUGGUUUGCCAAUGAGAAGCAUGAGAAACGCUGCGACUGAGGUCCAGUUGUGUUUUCCCGAGUUUGGCAAUUGGGUUCCAGUUUAUUGUGCUUAAAGUCAGAGACUCUUAGAAUUGUCCUCAGAUUUUGCAAGAAUUCUGGGACAUUCUCUGUUUUCUGCAGUCUGCACUUAGACUCUUCCUCCAGAUCCAGCUUCCAACUUGAUUGGAAGAGAAAUCUUUAAGACAUUGAACCUUGCUCACAGUAGGAGAUGUUGUAGGCUAAACAGGACAUUUUCACUCCUUUUUCUUCAAAUUCCAGUCCUUUUCAACUCACAUUUCUUUUCAACUUCACAUUUAUUCAAAGAACGAAUCUCACCACUGUUGCGUAAUUUUUUGAUGCACCAAAUCCCGAUGCAUCCAUGUGAAAAUUCAUAUUGUAGGUAACAAAAUCAUGGGGGAAGUUUUUUUGACUAUACACAGUGCAACAUGAACAGUGUCUUUUAAAAUCUUCUAAGGAUUGAUUUUGAAUUUUUUUUUUCCAGGGGAUCUGCACAUUAUUAUUAGUUUUAUAAUUUUUUUUUUUUUUUUUACCUUGAACAGUCCCACUUCACAUUCCAAAAAAAAUCAUGCUUGAAAGAGAAGUCACUGAUUUUAUUUUUAUUUUUAAUAUGACGUCAUCUUUUUGAAGCAGCUUCAAUUUAUAUUCUGCACAGUUACUGUAGUACUUUGCUGUCCAUCAGCUGUGAGCACAGGACUGAAACGGACGUGAGCUGGAGAAAGGGCUGCGUUUAUUUAAAUUUUUCAUGCAAUGUAUUUACUCAUGUGAACAAAAGUAACAAGAGAUGUGUUACUCUAUUUAACCCGUCCUGUGAUUUUUUUUUUGUUUGUUUUUUCCUUUUCUUUCUGUCUGUGAUUGAGUUUAUCGAACAUUAAUUCCUCUGAUUUCUAAUUGUUCUGUAAUGCUGGAGGCUUGUUAAAGCCCUGUUCAAAAUGCCAAAAAAGCUGUGCAAGGAUUAAGUACACAUGGUUUUUUGUGUUUUGUUUUAUUUUGUUUUUAAGUAGAAGUAGUGAUGCACUGAAAUUUUGGCCACUGAUUAUUUGGAGGCAAGAAAUUAACAAAAAUAUGACUUUUAACUUUAACUUUUACUUUACUGAUUUUAAUUAUGUUUUGAUUGAAAGAGAAACGAUUAACUCCAAUAAUUUACAUUGUGCAACAACAACAAAAAACCUAAUUAAUAAUCAUUUUAAAGGGGUCAUAUUUUGCUUUUUUAACGUUUUUAAAAGUUCAUAAUUUUGUUUAUUGGCUGUAAUUGAAUAGGUUAACAUGCUUUAAUGUUAAAAAAAUAAAUAAAUAAAAAUAUUUGUCACAUAAUGUACAUUACUGCAGUACCUCUAUUUCCAAGCUGCCUGAAAUGCUCCGAUUGAGUUACGGUUUCUCCAAAGCCCCUCCUUCCGAAAAGCCCAGAGUGCUCUGAAUGGCCAGCUGACCCUUUGUGUUGUGAUUGGCCAAUGUGUCAAGCAUGUGUCGUUACAAAAAUGUAACGCCCCUUGGGUUAGCUUCGGCUUCCAAGGGUUCUAAAGUAAUUAUAAACUCCUGAGCAACAUGACGUCGGUUUUACUGCAUCAGUUCGAGCCCGAGUCAGAUUCACAAUAUGUGAAUGAUCAAGUGAAUCCAAAGUUGCAUGCACGACUUGAGCAGAAUGUUUCACAGUGGUUCUUAUUUUGUAACUCUCUUACCUUUCAGAUGUAAUGUAAAUUCCACUGGCAUGCUGUCUCAUUGUUAAGUGCAAAAGUAUGCUACUGUUAUAAAUAAAGAGUAACCAAGGAUUCGUAAUUUUGUCCGUUUUUGGAAGUCCAAACACACCGGUUUUGCUUUUGCACCAAAACACACAGCAUCUCCCCGACAUGUCACCAAACAAUUCACUGAUGCCUCGCCUUUGUUCUUCGUGGUUGACUUUGGGCGGUAUUAUGCUAAUAUUUCAAAUAGUGAAGUAGACGUUUGCGGAAGUAAUAUCUGGACUUCGAACGAAGUGUUUUGGCAGGUCUGGAGCAGUGUUCCAUGUUAGAUAGUAUAAAUCCCUUUGGGGGAGAAUAUGAGCUUUUUAACUUUGCAGAUCUUAUGCAUGCACAGACAGAUACAUUACACACUAGAGGAGAAGGAAAUCAUUAAAAAGCAUAAUGUGACUCCUUUAAAUAAUUUUUGAGUUCAGGCUUUUGUCCAAAGUGCCCCAAAUUUCCGUUUCGGCCAAUAAAUUUAAUAUCGGUGCAUCACUAUGCCAGCAUGCUUGACUUGUUCUGUCAUUUGCUCAUUUAUAAUUUGGUUAUGACCUUUAUUAACUUUUUCAGUAUCAGUCUUGUUUGAUCAUGAAAAUGCUCUAAUUGGCUGUUAUCAGUUAACAUGCAUUAGUUUAUUGAUUAUUGACGAUUGACAACUGAUUUGAAGGUUGGUUAUUUGUUUUUAUAGAUUCUCUCAUGACUCAAACAUUUUUCAGCUUUUUAGUUUUAACAUGAGGUGUGAAAUGAUAUUCAUUUAAAUUUAAGUCAGAGCAUAUGUUAAUAAUUAUAAUUGUGAGAAGCCCAUUAUUAUUAUUAUUUUAUUUUAUUUCAUUUCAUUUAACUAGAGGUCAAGAACAGAAAAUUAUCAAAUCAUGUUGUAGUUAGUAGUCAAUAAUGUUUACAUCUCGUGGACAAAAAAGGAACUGGAUAUAAAAGAUAUAGAAAAUAAACUUAAAACUUGACAGAGAGUAGAUAUUCAUCAUAUACACUAUGGAAUAAAAGAGCAGUGUUGAAACUGUUGUGUUUGUA